GGGACAAACAACAGAUUCCAUUAUAAGCAGUGUUAGCUUUGCAUUUGAAGGAAACAGGUACGAAGCUCAUAGGCGGAGUUUCCAAGCCUGAAGGGGGUUCACAUUUGCAUCGUUAAAAUAAAACCCUCUUCCCCUAAUUUAUCGCCCGAUAAAACCCAUUCUUGGCAGUAGUGGAUCCAGUUCUCUUCGUCGACGAACAAGCAUCCCAUACUCUGCCGGACGCCGUCCACCGUUGUCAGCCCUGGGUGCUUGUUCUCGGGCAAGCAGUGAAGAAAGUUCGAACCCUAGGGCUUUUUCUACUCCCAAAAUCUGGUUCGCCUGUGGAGUUAAUACUAUGUGUACUACAGACAUUGAGAUGGCUGCAGCAUCAGCAACAACCUUUACAAUUGGAUCAGCCACCUCCCUCAGCCAUCGAGGGAGCUCGCUUCCCCAAUCAAAACCCUUUGAUUUAAGGUUAAAGUCUCAGAAUUCUCUGAAGAACUUCAGCGGUCUCAAGGCAGCAUCCAUCAUUAGCUGUGAGGCAGAAACAUCCUUCUUGGGCAAGGAAACUUGUGCUGCUUUGAGGGCAUCUUUUGUACUCAAAGCUCAAAAGCCAAACGAAAACCUCCGAUAUCACUUGCAGCCCCAAGCUUUCUACAAAGUGGCAGUUCUUGGUGCCGCUGGAGGAAUUGGUCAACCUUUAGCUCUUCUGAUCAAGAUGUCCCCAUUAGUUUCUGACCUUCAUCUGUAUGAUAUUGCCAAUGUCAAGGGAGUUGCGGCUGAUCUCAGUCAUUGCAAUACUCCCUCACAAGCUAAGGAUUUCACUGGAGCUUUUGAGUUAGCAAACGCUUUGAAAGGUGUAGAUGUAGUUGUCAUCCCUGCUGGAGUUCCAAGAAAACCUGGCAUGACUCGUGAUGACCUUUUCAACAUUAAUGCUGGCAUUGUGAGAGACUUAGUUUCUGCUGUUGCAGAUAACUGCCCUGAUGCUUUUAUUCAUAUUAUCAGUAACCCAGUAAAUUCUACCGUGCCUAUUGCUGCUGAAGUUUUGAAACAGAAGGGCGUCUAUGAUCCUAAGAAGCUCUUUGGUGUUACUACCUUGGAUGUUGUGAGGGCGAACACAUUUGUUGCUCAGAAGAAGAACCUGAAGUUGAUUGAUGUUGACGUCCCAGUUGUGGGGGGUCAUGCGGGGAUCACCAUUCUUCCUCUGUUGUCAAAGACCAAACCUACUGUAAGUUUUACUGAUGAAGAAAUCGUACAGUUAACUGUCAGGAUUCAGAAUGCUGGAACGGAAGUUGUUGAAGCUAAGGCAGGUGCAGGGUCUGCCACUUUGUCAAUGGCGUAUGCAGCAGCUAGAUUUGUGGAAUCAUCUCUUCGUGCACUUGAUGGAGAUGGGGAUGUGUAUGAGUGCACUUAUGUGCAAUCAGAAGUGACUGAGCUCCCAUUCUUUGCUUCAAGGGUAAAGCUGGGAAAGAAAGGAGUGGAAGCUUUCAUAACAUCUGACCUCCAAGGGUUGACUGAGUAUGAGCAGAAGGCAGUGGAAGCACUUAAACCAGAACUUAAGGCUAGUAUCGAGAAGGGAAUAGAUUUUGCUUCAAAACAAGCAGUUACUGCCUAAGCGUCCUUUGAAGAAAGAAGAUUUAUUAAAGAAUAAGCACUUCGUACUAGAUUUAUGAACAUUUGUUGUAGCAUCAAUCAUUCGGCUUCCAUUUUUGUAGAAAUGGAGUUUCCAAUUUUGUUGUCUUUUGUUGAGCUCUCAAGUUUGGUGAGAUAUCUCAGUACAUCACUAGUGCUGUCAUGUAGAAUUUUAAAGAACACUGACAUUCUCGUCAGAUUUUGAGAAAUAAUUCCUUUUCGCCAA